CCCACCAGCUGUAACCAAACACGUUACAAAACACCAUCGUGCAGCCUUUGUCACGCUCACUGUUGCGUUAUGCAAACACCAGGAGCUCCUGUGACAUUAAACACGGAACAGCACAGGUUUGCAGUCUGGUCUAACACCACUCCUCCGUGUUGUGUUGUAUAAUAAGAUUCGUCCUUUUUUUUAAAGGGGGAAAACAUGAAAACAAGACAGACGAAGUCCGCAGAGGGAGCUGAAUCAAAGGCUAAACUCAGGAAAAGAACCGGGGAAAGUUCACCACCGGACAGAAAAGAUGGAGAAACAUCCAAAGAAGCUCCUGUUAAGUCCGCAGCAGUUCAGAAGAGAGGAGGGUACGGGAGCAUCCUGCACUACAUUUACAGGAGCACUCUGGGUCAAAGUCUUCACUUCCAGAUGAGACAGUGUCUGCAGGAACCUUUCGUUCGGUCGCUGUCGUCCUAUCGUUUCCACGGCGCUACCAGCCCCUUCAACCGGAGAAUCACCUGUCUGGAGUGGCACCCCACUCAUCCCACCACCCUGGCUAUGGGCUCUAAGGGAGGUGACAUCUAUCUGUGGGAUUUUGAGGCACCUGCAAAAAAAGUAUUCCUUCAAGGGAUGGGAGUCGGAGACUCGGUUACAGACAUGAAGUUUAACAAGUUAAAUCACACUCAGCUGUUCACCACGUCUAUGAGGGGUGUGACAGCACUUCGAGAUUUCAAUGGGACAACUUUAACACUGUUUGCCUACACAGACAUUCUGAAUUGCUGGUACUGCUGUGUGGACGUGUCUGUAAGUCGACAGAUGCUUGUGACAGGAGACAAUGUGGGACAGCUUAUCCUCCUGGGUUUGGAUGGUCAAAAGAUUUUCAGUGCCAAGUUGCACAAAGCCAAAGUGACCCAUGCCGAGUUCAACUCCUGCUGUGAUUGGUUGUUGUCAACGGCCUCAGUGGACCACACAGUGAAACUUUGGGACCUGAGAAACAUCAAAGACAAGAAGAGCUUCCUCCACGAGAUGCCUCAUGAGAGAGCUGUCAACUCGGCCUAUUUCAACCCACUGGACUGCUCCAAGUUGCUCACCACGGAUCAGUACGACCAGAUCCGGGUCUACUCCUCUCCUGAUUGGUCAAAACCUCAUCAUAUCAUCCGACAUCCACAUAGACAGUUCCAGCAUCUCACACCCAUCAAGGCCACUUGGCACCCUGUCUAUGACCUCAUCGUGGCGGGCCGUUACCCGGAUGACCGGGUUUGCACUGGAGAUCAGAGGACCAUCGACGUCUUUGAUGCCAACACGGCUGAGCUUGUGUGUCAGCUGCAAGAUCCCAGUGCUACAGGAAUCAAAUCUAUCAACAAAUUCAAUCCAAUGGGUGACGUGAUUGGAUCUGGAAUGGGUGUGACGGUGCUGGUGUGGAAUAGAGACAAGUCAUUGAACGGUGAUCAGCCCGAAGCGCAGGAGGAAACCUCAACCUCGGUGGAUGGUUUAGGAGGCCGGCAGAGGAGUCGGCCGCGCUCCAGCAGGGACAGGAGAGCUCCUGCUGUGGAUGCAAAGCUCAAGAAGAAACUGGCUUCUCUGGAAGAAUUGGAGACCAAGACUGAGUACACCAAACAAAAACCAACGCGGAUGAGGAAAAAGUAAACUGCGGAUCUUAAAAGUCUGUGUGCAAAGAGUUUUUUCUACUGUAAUAUAAUAAAAAUGAUCAUGUUUCAUA